GCCGGCUGCGGGACCCGCGAUCCCGGCAGGAGCCGCCCGGCUCCGGGGCUGGAGCGAGGGGCAGGGAGAGCCCGGCACAUCCCCGCUCACCUCCGGGCAGCUCGGCAGCGCUGCUGCCCCCAGCGCACCUGGAGCCUCCUCGGCCUGCGGGAUGGCCGAGGGGGAAAUCUCCACCUUCAGCGCCCUGACGGAAAAAUUCAACCUCCCCUCGGGCAACUACAAGAAACCCAAACUGCUGUACUGCAGCAACGGGGGGCAUUUCCUGCGCAUCCUCCCGGACGGCACCGUGGAUGGCACCAGGGACCGCAGCGACCAGCACAUUCAGCUGCAGCUGAGUGCAGAGAGCGUGGGGGUGGUGCACAUCAGGAGCACGCAGUCGGGGCAGUACCUGGCCAUGGACACCAACGGGCUGCUCUACGGCUCGCAGUUACUGGGUGAGGAGUGUCUGUUCCUGGAAAGGCUCGAAGAAAACCAUUACAACACCUACGUCUCCAAACUGCACGCGGACAAGAACUGGUUUGUGGGGCUGAAGAAGAACGGGAACAGCAAGCUGGGCCCGCGGACUCACUACGGCCAGAAGGCGAUCCUCUUCCUGCCACUGCCCGUCUCAGCCGACUGAGACCCGGCCCCGAGGCUCAGAGAUGGCCCCAAAUCCCAAAACCCGACUGCUGCUGCCUCCUUAGAGCUCAGCAGAGCUCCGAGCUUUAGGUCAAGGCUUUGCCAAUUUAGCCAAAGCCCCUUUGUUCUGCACGAAGCUUUGCAGAGAUGAGGGGACGAGCCCUGACAUCUUCCCAAGGUCCAGGGGGCCCCAUCUCCCCCUGCCCUCAGCUGUGUGCCCACGUGUGCCUUGACCCUCAGCCAUGUGCCAUGACCCUCAGCUCUUUGCCCACGUGUGCCAUGACCCUCAGCCAUGUGCCAUGACCCUCAGCUGUGUGCCCACAUGUGCCAUGACCCUCAGCUGUGUGCCCAUGUGUGCCAUGACCCUCAGCUGUGUGCCCACAUGUGCCAUGACCCUCAGCCAUGUGCCACGACCCUCAGCUGUGUGCCCACAUGUGCCAUGACCCUCAGCCAUGUGCCACGACCCUCAGCUCUGUGCCCACGUGUGCCAUGCCCACGCUGUAGCUCCCAGGACCUGCCCUGGGCAGACACCCAGAAAUGUGCCCAAGGAUCACACCGGUUCCCAUUUUGUGUCCCCAGGCAUUCUAAGGCAAAACCUCCCCAGGUACUUACUGUGUGUUAAUGUAUUUAUCCAUCCAGGUGUGUGGCUUCUGACAUGCCCUCGAGCAAUUCCAGAUUGCAGCACCAGUCCUGCUACCCAGGGCCAGCCUGGUAAGUGCCAGCUGGGCAUGUUAAGCUGAACCAGGCAAAGCUCCAGCCUCAGACCUUGGCCUCCCUCACAACAUCAAUAGUGUGUAUUUCAUGCUAGUACCUGCCAUAUGUUAUUUGUAUUUAUUUAUUAAGUAAACAUGUCUCUUCUACAAGCUGUUCACAAGUAAUUCCGGGCACCUUGAGGCUGUCCUGGUGAGGAUGGGGCAGUGAUGGGUGUGAGGGUGCAAUGUACAACAGCAAGGGGCUGCACAAGGGAGGCAGAGCAUCACACCCAUUCCCAGAGGGAAUCCUCCCACUGCCUCGUGUCUGGUUAAAUGGGGCUCUAAAAACACCACUGAGGCCCCUUUGUGGCUCCCAAACCCUGUGAAGCUGUUUCUCCACUGCUGGCACAAUGCACAUCUCCCAGGCAGCUCGAGGGCAGCUCAAGAGCAGCUGAGAGCAUCACCAGAACUGCCAUGCUCCACUCAGAGCAUCCACAGCUCCUCUGGAAAAACUGUGCCAGGGCCUCACCACCCCCACGGGGAAGAAUUUAUCUCUAAUAUCAAAUUGAAUCUACCAUCCUUCAUCUUAAAGCAUUCCCCCCUUGUCCUAUCCUGCCAUCAAGGACAGGGAGAAGACACAAGAACUCCCUGCUCCAGCAAACCUGGGAUCAGCCAUCCCACACGGAGGAAGGAAUACAAGGCACUCUGCCUUGCAUAUUUCUGCUGCAGCAAUUAGCCACUAAUUACUGCACUCCCAAACUUCUGCACUUGCUGGCUCCCAAGCCUUGUCCCCAGCACUGGUAGCAGCUGUGUGGUGCUGUGCUCCCAGGCACACAGGGAAUGCUGGAGCCAUAGCUGGGAAGUAGCGUGUGCCUGGCCCUUGCACCUUCCCCAUGGCCCUUCAGAGCUGCUUCCCAAGGAAACAGAGGGGAAAGGUGGAUUCUGCAAAUCCUGCAGGUCCCGGCUGCUCCUCAUGGCCAAGAGAGGGACCCAACCACUGCCUGGCUCAGCUGCUCUGGUGGGCCCAGCAUGAUAUUCCCAUGGCAAACACAAAGCUGGGCAAGACAGGGGGAUGUGGACAGCCAACAACACCCACACUCUUCUUAAACACAGCGUUCACCUUCCCUGUGAGAGGCUGGGCUGUCACUCAAGUCAUAAAGUGAACUAAUGCAUGAGCAGGAGAUCCAGGUUUCUAAUUAAGCUGGGAAGUUGGACCGUGUAAUGCUGGAUUUAGCUGUGCUGUCUUGCAACACCUCAUUAACCCAGGGCGCUCUCUCGUUAGGCUUCUGCUGCUCCCAAACCGCCCCCGCAGGUACGGCUUGACACCCAGCUGGGGAAAAAUGUCAACACCUGGGCAGAAAAAUAAUCCCCGGGGAAGCUGCAGUAAUUGCUUCAGACAGAUGGACAAGCCAGCAUUGCCCAGAGAAACCACUCUCACCUCAGGGCGUUUGUCCUUAGGGUGAGAGGCA